GGGGUAUAAGAAGGCGCCAGCCGGUGGCUGAACAACAUUCCCCUCACAGCGAUCAGUCGUGCUGCACGUACCACUUUACUCAGUGAUAUGUCGUCCCAACGCUACGCUAGAGCCCUUCUCUCAGGGGCCGUGGCCCUCAGGAACACAGCCAGGCUGCAGGUGAGCCGCCGCAGCCACACCUGUGCCCACAGCCGCAGCCUGACCCUGGCGGCCGCCGCGCGCCAGCAGCUGGGCUACGAGGAGUCUGUGCGUCCAGGCAUCGGGGUGAUGGCAGCCAGCACAGGCAGCGACUCCCUUCACCUUCAGUUCUGUGAUGGGCGGACCAGCCAGAUCCCUUACAGCUUCCUCAGAGACCACUGCAAGUGCCACAGAUGUCGCACUCACCUCACCACUGAUAUACACACGGAGUUCCAGCCCGCCAUCCAGCCUGAGAUCAUCCAGAGCAACGUGUUUGGUGUGGUGAUCGACUGGAGUGACGGUCACAUCAGCAAGUAUUCCGGCGAGUGGCUGCACGACGCUACCCACGACCUCAACUUCUGCCUCAGCUGAAGGACACGCUGCUUCCCGGCAGUAGGCAUCCAGCGACCUAUGUAGGUUCGCCCUGCUGCUGUGUACCAAAGCGGAUGCUUCGAGAGCAGAUUCCAGCAGGACUCUGUCCAUUACUUGGUGUUUUAUGUAAUUCGUUGUAUUGAUUAAGGCGGGAGUCGUGCGAACGACCCGCCGUCCCUGUGUUCCACUGCAUGCCAGCUUCCCUACCCAUGAGUCGCCGCAGCCCGGUGCCUCGCUCACCUUAGUCAGUGCGGGAAGAAGAGGAACAGGUCGCCGCACGGGGCGGGCAUCAUGUGCCCGAGAUGGAGCUCCUCGGCGCUAGAAUCUGGAUGCGGAAGCACGCGUCAGCACUUCACACUCGCUUCCUCCUUUGGCAUUUCGUAGCAGGGACACGCUUGCCAUUUGUUAUGAGACGGAAUGGCCAUUUAUUGUGUACAGUAUUUAAUAAUAAACUAGUCAUGUA